GGAUUAGGACUUCAGCACCUUGACUAUGGCGAUGGCACUGGCUAUGGCGAUGCUUUGAAUUCUGCCCACAGCCCUUGCUGUGCACAAUCUCCCUGCUUUCUCCUCGCUCCGACCUUUGAUUCUGCCCAAUUGCCUCGUCUUCGUGCAUCAGGGUCUGAAUCAGUGGCCAUCUCCCGGUGGACUUGCGCAAGAAUUAGUGUUUCUCUUUCAUUCUGUAGCUCUCCCGAAGUUCAAUCCCACGACAUGUUUGUCUUGGGUUUUGGAGGCGCGGGGUCUAAAUUUAUACGUUGAUGAGAAUAGUCCAGCGCGUUUUGGGUAUUUGUUAAGAAGGUCUUAUCAGUGAGGAUUUUGCAGUGGAAGGGGGGGAUGGAGGCAUCAUCCACUCAGUGAGUGAUUUGAGACGAAGGUGUGCUGUGAAGAGUGUGUGUACAUUUGGAGAUUUUAUAAUGCUUCGGUGAAAGGUUCAGGAGUGUACAAAUAGGAGGACUGAAAUUCGGCCAGCGUCCCCAUCAGUCUGGUUUCGAUUGUUGGUCGAGGAGCGACUCUUGCGUCGACGAAAUUGAAGCAAGUUUUGUAUUCGAAGGGCAGAGUUAGGGUUGCGUACGCUGAUGUUGGAGCUGAGCGGUAAAAAUGAGUCGAGAAGCCACAGAUGCUAGUUCUUCAGGGACUGGCUCACCAGAGGAGACUAAAAUUUCACAAACCAUCAGGAGUUGUAGAGGAUGUUUGUAUUACUCUAGUGUUAUGCGUGAACGUGGCCAAAAUCCGAUCUGCUUGGGCUUGAGCCGGAGCAGCGAACCGCAAGUGUAUUCGGUUCAUAAUGAACUAGACAGCGAACUUGUUAGAAACUUCCGCGAUUCCACUUAUUUCAAGUACGUUUGCACUGGCUAUAGCGCUCACAGGGAAGUGAGCUCCAAUCAAUCGAUGCAGCCGAUUGAAAGCCCAGCUGAGCUCCCCUAUUGCGUUGGUCUUGAGUUUCUUAUCGACAGAAAGCCAACAAGGCAAGUCACUCCUGCCGAGACUGCCCCGUUAACUAGGUCCUCGACUUAUGAGCCUCCGGAACGACCGCAUAAAGAGGACAGCUCGAAUAUAAUGCCGAGGCCAUCGUCAUCAAUAGGAAGUAUGGAUGUAGGAGGGUUGUCUGCCAAUGAAUUUGCAACCAGGCUCUUUCGGACGUCCAGACUAGUGGCAUCUGCUGUCGUGAACAAUGUAGGGAGAGUUGCAAACAAUGUCAGAAGCACAAUAGAUAAAAUCUUCACGUCGGACCAAGGUCGCCCAAAACCUUGACGGUCCUCCAAGUGGCGAUAAGUAGACUCUUAUGCUCCACAGCCGACUUUUACAUGAAGAGUCAAUUGCAUCUCACGGAUCAUUCAAACCCAAGAGGUGUGUAGGCAAACGCAUUCUCCUCCAUGCCAAGUAUUCUUCACACGUGGUUAUCUAGACAUGAUGCCAAGUUCUUAAUUCCUCGCUGCAAGUUCGAUUGCCAAUUUUUUAUGACUUGGAAUGGAUGUUCAGAGAAAUAUGAUGCCUGGCGAUUUUAUAUGCUGGUGGGGAACCGUGCAAUGGCUCUCCUUGAGUCCUCUUUCCAAUUCGUAUCCUUACUUCAGAUCUAUUUGUUCGAAGGUUGGAAAAAUCUAGUGGAUAAGUAAGGUCAAGUGGUAGAAUAUGAGAUGAGUAGGAUGGGGUUCUAUUCCCUCGCUAGCUGGAAUCCACCUACAUGUUCCAUCUCCGGAGUUUCUUCCUAGCCCUGUAGGUGAGCAAACAGUCGGAUCGAUGUUGGGUCAUAGAAACUGCUGCGACAAUAUUAAGUAACGAACCAUCCUCUGAUUGUUAUCA